ACAUUAUUAUGGGCAUUUUGAAAAGGUGCAUAUACGACCAUGUUGCUUUUAACUAACUAGUUCUCAGAUUGAUUAAAUGCAGAUGAAGGAGAAGAAAAAAGAAAGCAAAAUGUAUAUUAUUGCGGUAGUAAGUGUGGCUGCGCAGUCGAGGAAAGUACAGAGAUGUGUGUUCCUAGUGCGAAGUAGCACUGGAUUAGUAUCUUAGCAACCAUAGACGCCACUGGUAGCUAUUUUUUGUUUACCAAGCUAAACUAGUUUUAGGUGUAGAAAGUUUUUUAUUUUUUUAUUUACAUAGAUAGUUAUAGGAUGGAUGUGUUACUUCAAUCGAAAACAAAACCAGUUUCGACUAUAUCUGUGUAUAGUUACAUUCCACCAAGACGAACUGAACCAAAAGAGAGAACCUAUUACAACAGUGACUCCAAGGCACGGGAGGUAUCCUUAUACGACUGCAUAUACCGGCGGGCGGAGGGCUAUGACAGCAAACUACACCGCGACGAUAGAGAGCACUCCAACAGCAGGGGACUAGACUUGUACUCAGAGGAGUCUUCCAGACCUGCACCAGUCUUGUCCUCAUCAGAGUAUGGAAGACACAUGCCUCCUGUCCUCUACAAACCUGGCAGGCAGUUUGCCCGCAUCGCUCACAUCCACACCGAGUUCUUCAGGAAAAACGGGAUCACACGCAAUUUUGAGGAGGGAUACGGAUCAGUGGUUCCUGUGUGAGGAAGUCCGUAUUCCCAACACCAGAGAUAGAGUGAGAGCAGUGAGGGAGGGAGAGUGAUGGUUUUAUCAAUGUGAAUAUGUAUGGGCACAACAACACACCUAAAUGAUACAGUCAGUGUGGUGCUGAGUAGUAAAGAUAUUUAAAGAUAUAGAUCAUUAUAGAAAUAGAGAUAUAUUCAAAGAGAGAUUAUAUAUUAAAAAAAAACGAAUAUAUAUAUAUAUAUAUAUUAGCUAUAUAGCUAUAUAUAUUAUAAAAUCAGAUUACAUAUUUUAAAAUACAAAGAUUGUAACUGUAUACAUUAUGGCCCACAUGUUUGUGA